UCAAUUUAACAACUUUUGUGCAGUUAGAACCAGAGAGAGAAUGGAUUUCUUGAGUUUUUGUCUGGUCCUGCUAAGCCUUUUCUUUGUGUUGUUGUUCUCAAUCAUUCAAGCUCUGCGAAGCAAAGCCAAUCCCAAAAGGCAUCUUCUCCCACCUGGACCAAAGCCAUUCCCCUUCAUUGGCAAUCUUCUAGAGCUUGGCAACAAACCCCAUCUCUCUCUCACCAAGCUUUCUCAAAUCUAUGGCCCCAUUAUAACUCUGCAACUCGGCCAAGUAACAACGGUGGUGGUUUCUUCACCAAACACAGCCAAACAAGUCCUCCGAACCCACGACCAAUUCUUGUCCAACCGAACCAUCCCAGAUGCAGUCCAAGCCUGUGACCUUCGCCAGGACAGCCUGCCAUGGAUACCACCUUCGGCCAAAUGGAGAAGCCUUCGACAAAUAUGCAACUCUCAAUUGUUCGCCGCCAAAAUCCUCAACGCCAACCAACCCAACCGUCGCAUAAAAGUGCAAGAGCUCAUAUCUCAGAUCAACGAAAGCGCGGUCAAUGGUGAGGCGGUAGAUAUUGGAAGGGCCGUUUUCAAAACUACGCUCAAUCUGCUGUCUCGUACUGUUUUCUCAGUGGAUUUGGCUGACCCAAGUAGCGAGAUGGCCAGAGAGUUCAAGGAGACUGUGUGGGGUUUGAUGGAAGGGGCAGGGACCCCAAACGUGGGGGACUUUUUUCCUAUCCUUAGGAAAAUUGACCCCCAGGGCAUUAGGCGGCGCAUGAUCAAACAUUUCAACAAGAUGGAACAGCUCUUUGACCGCAUGAUUAGCCAAAGAUUGGCAUCAAGAAAAGCCCAUGAUUAUGUCACAUCCAAUGAUAUGUUGGAUACUCUUUUGAACAUCAGUGAAGCGAACAGUGAGGACAUGGACAAGACCAAAAUUCAACAUCUGUUUCUGGCUCUAUUUGCCGCGGGCACCGAUACAACUUCAGCCACAUUGGAAUGGGCCAUGGAUGAGCUGCUACGCGACCCUGAAAAGCUGUCAAAAGCUCAACAAGAGCUGGAGCAAAUCAUUGGCAAAGGAAAACCAGUAGAGGAAGCAGACAUUGCUCGACUUCCUUACUUACAAGCAAUAAUCAAAGAGACCUUUCGGUUGCACCCAGCAGCUCCAUUGCUUCUCCCUCGCAAAGCCGAUUCAGACGUUGAAAUCUGCGGGUAUAUUGUACCCAAGGGUGCACAAGUGUAUGUGAAUGCAUGGGCCAUCGGCAGAGACCCCAGCAUUUGGGACAGCCCAAGCUCAUUUAUGCCGGAGAGGUUCUUGGGAUUGGAUGACCAAAUUGAUGUUACAGGCAAAAACUUUGAGCUUAUCCCAUUUGGUGGUGGAAGGAGAAUAUGUCCUGGCUUGCCAUUGGCAAUGCGAAUUCUGGCCUUGAUGUUGGGUUCACUCGUUAACUCUUUUGAUUGGAAGCUUGAAGAUGGGGUUGUACCAGAGACCUUGAACAUGGAAGAGAAAUUUGGCCUCACCUUGCAGAUGGCUCACCCUCUUAGAGCUGUGCCGAAGUCAUUUUGUGAAAUUUAAUGGAGUAUAGAUACGUCACUUAUCUAUGUUAGUAUUGAAACUUAUUAAUAAUCAUGGAUGUUAGAUUAUUUUUUCCAUAACAUUACUUCAUAAUGGCUUUUGGUCUAAUGACAUUUAGUUUCCACUAUUUUCUA